CGGGAGGAGGGACAGCCGGGUGGGCGGGGCAGCCGCGGCGAGGGGCGGGGUCAGCGCAGAGGCCGCGGGGGCAGCGACGGCGCCGGGCAGCGGGAGCGGCAGCCGCGCCAUGUGGUUGCUUGGACCGCUGUGCCUGCUGCUGAGCAGCGCCGCAGCCAAGGCGAAAUCGAAAUGCGGCCCAACGUUCUUCCCCUGUGCCAGCGGCAUCCACUGCAUCAUUGGGCGCUUCCGGUGUAAUGGGUUUGAGGACUGUCCUGAUGGCAGCGAUGAAGAGAACUGCACAGCAAACCCCCUGCUUUGUUCCACCGCCCGCUUCCACUGCAAGAACGGCCUCUGCAUUGACAAGAGCUUCAUUUGCGAUGGGCAAAACAACUGUCAAGACAACAGUGACGAGGAAAGCUGUGAAAGUUCUCAAGAGCCGGGCAGUGGGCAGGUGUUUGUGACAUCAGAGAACCAGCUCGUUUACUACCCCAGCAUCACCUACGCCAUCAUCGGCAGCUCUGUCAUCUUCGUGCUGGUGGUGGCCCUGCUGGCACUGGUCUUGCACCACCAGCGGAAGCGGAACAACCUCAUGACGCUCCCUGUGCACCGGCUGCAGCACCCUGUCCUGCUCUCCCGCCUGGUGGUCCUGGACCACCCCCACCACUGCAGUGUCACCUACAACGUCAACAACGGCAUCCAGUAUGUGGCCAGCCAAGCCGAGCAGAACGCGUCCGACGUGGGCUCCCCACCCUCUUACUCGGAGGCCCUGCUGGACCAAAGACCUGCGUGGUUUGACCUUCCUCCACCACCCUACUCUUCGGACACAGAGUCCCUGAACCAAGCUGACCUGCCUCCCUACCGCUCCCGAUCAGGGAGUGUCAACAGCGCCAGCUCCCAGGCAGCCAACAGCCUCCUAAGCGUGGAAGAUGCCGGCCACAGCCCAGGGCAGCCUGGGCCUCCAGAGGGCACAGCUGAGCCCAGGGACUCUCUGCCCAGCCAGGGCACUGAAGAAGUAUAAAAUUCAAUUAUUCCAAAGUCCAUAUGGGUUAAUCUGCUCUGACUUGUUACCGUGCUAACAGUGGGUGCUCGUGGGGGCUCUUUGGGUGUCUCAAGGAGCAGUUUGGGGUGUCAGCUGUCUCUGCAUUGCCCUCCUCCACCAGAUUUCAGGUAUGUUCGUUGGAGGACGACCUGGCAUUUUUCUGACCUCUCAGUUGACAUAUGAUGUGUUAUGUACAUGUCCCAUGAGGCCACUGUUUCUUCAGGGCCCAGGAUCACAACUCCCACUUCCCAUCAUUCUUCUGUUAGGAUUGGAAUCCUUCUGAGUGGGAGUCAUAAAUUUGCAGGCAGCAAGAUAAACAGUAUUUAAGCAGUCUUUGAGAAAGCAGUGUUCUGUGCCAUGUCGGAUAUUCAGAAGGACAAUAGACACUGGAUCAGUACCCUGCUGGGCUGCUACCUUAGAGGCUCAUUUUGGGGUUUGGGUUGGACGAUCCUGCAACGAGGGAUCCUUGGACAGCCGCCCUGGAAAGAGUCCAGGUGCACAUCCAGAAGCUGCCUCGCACUGUCCCAUGCAUUGCGCUCGGUCAGUGGAGGCAGUUGCUGCAGAAAACAGUUGAUGUGAGUAGUGCCCCUAACUAUUGGCAGCAUCAUCUCAGUUUUGUGAAUGACUCUGAAAGCCAUCUACUACUCCAAAUAGAUCUGGCUUUAAGAAUUUGACCAAGAAUCCUAGUUUGGAAAGCUCUGUCCAGCAGCAUCUAUCAUUAGCCUCGUCC